AUGGAGGACACGAAAGAAGCAUCGGAGCGUCUGGCUACUGUGCCGAGGCAUUUGGAAUGUGAUGGCGAUCAGCAUCAACCACGCUCCCAAAAUGAUGAAUCUCAUCUCGAAUUUAGUCGAUGGUGGUUUGUAUCAUCUGUCUUUCCGAUGGUCGCGGGCACGCUCAGCUCCGUAGCCUUGGCAUUCAGCAUCUGCUCAUUAGGCCAUUCGUGGGUGCAGCAGAUUCCCCCAAAUGGCGAUUUAAACCAAGCCAAGUUUCUUCCUGAUCCUAUUUGGGUGACCAUCGUGGAGGCUAUACAGCUCAGUGUAGCUGUUGUGGCAAACCUAUUUCUCCUGUUAGAUUUAACACGAAAGGUUCGAUUCACCAUUUCUGAGCCAAUCGCAAUUGUGGGAUGGUACAUCUCCUGUAUUUGCCUUGUGUGCCUCCAUGCGGUAGCGUCUGGCCCUUUACUAGACAGCCUGGGAGUGUCCAUGGAUGAAACAGUUUGGUCACAAUCAUUCUACUACGGCAUAUGGGCCGCAAUUCUCUAUUUCAUCGUGGCGUCAUUAAUUGUUGUCACAUUUUGGGGCGGCGCUGUCUACGGACAUCACGAGGAUGACUUUGACCUGAGUCGGAGCCAGCGAACACUAAUGUUGCAGACAAUGGUAUUCCUUGGGUUUCUACUGCUUGGUGCACUAAUCUUCUCCACAGUAGAAGACUGGAACUAUUUGGAUGCAGUUUAUUGGGCCGACGUGACGCUAUUUACCAUUGGCUUUGGCGACUAUGCUCCCACCACCGUUCUGGGCAGGGCUCUGCUAUUUCCCUUUGUGCUGAUUGGCGUCAUCAGUCUUGGUUUGGUGGUUUCCUCCAUCCAGAGCAUGAUUUUGGAACGUGGCAGUCGACGGCUGGAAACGAGAGCUCAGGAAAAGAGCCGUCGCCGCAUGUUAAAGAGCUUGGCACGCAAGGAGACGAGCGGAAUCUUGACCCCUAUCGAGGGCAUGCCGACUGGCGAGUUCGACCGACGCCAUUCAGAAUUUGACUUGAUGCGCGCAAUACAGAAGCGAGCAUUAAAUCGAAGACGAUGGGUGGCAAUGGCUAUAUCUAGCGUCUGCUUUCUAUGCCUGUGGCUUUGCGGCGCUCUCAUAUUUUACCGAGGGGAGAGGACAUACCAGGGCUGGAAUUACUUCCAAGCUGUGUACUUUUGCUUUGUAUCACUUACAACCAUUGGCUAUGGAGACAUGGUGCCGAAAUCCAAUGCCGGCAAGUCAUUUUUCGUCUUUUGGUCAUUGAUUGCGCUUCCGAUCCUGACCAUCCUGAUUUCAAAUGCUGGGGGUACCGUCGUCAAGUUUAUGAAUGAGGUUACCAUCAGGCUGGGAAGUAUUACUCUACUACCGGGACGAGGGGGAAUCAAGCAUAAUGCCAAACGACUUAUCCACCAACUGAGCUGUGGUCGUCUGUAUCCGGGCCCGGGUACCGAUGUAGCUCGUGAUUUGGAGAACGGGACCACUCAGACAGGACAGGUGUCAACAGUAGAGACGUCGAAAUCAAAAGGAAAAUCCACUAAUCAGAGCUUCCAUGAAAAAGCCGUACUCGAUAGAAAAGGUUCGAUGAGCAAAACUGCAGAACCUUCUCGCAGUUAUGCUCUGCACAUAACGAACCCGGAUAUUUGGCAUCAUCAUGCUCACACCAGACUUGACGACCUCCCUACUGGUGAUGAUUUACAUCUUCUUAUAAUAUCCGAAAUUCAAGCCCUUUCUAAACAUGUCCAAGAGGACAAACCACGGCGGUAUACCUUUGAAGAAUGGGCAUGGUACUUGCGCCUAGUUGGCGAAGACGAACGUGACCCGCUUACUCAUCGCAAGGCUCGACCGAAGGACAGGACGACACACAGGAAGCGAGGUAGGAAGCAUAGAGGGAGUAAAAAAAGUUCAAGACAACGGCCCGAGAUCCAUGACAGUCACAAUGAGUUGCAACAACAGCAAGCAGCGAAUGGGGAGCCAUUGAAGUGGUCGUGGGUCGGUUAUGAAAAUCCACUACUCGGCGGGCAAGAGGAGAGCGAGUGGAUAUUAGAGAAGUUGAUAGAUAGACUAAGGGAGUUGUUGCUGGAUAGUUGGAGGCAGCGGAACGAGGGAGCGCAGCCAGCAAUGUGA